ACAUUACAAAUAAGGGGUGGCAAAUCUACAUUCUGUAUUGCGCUUCAUUCAUCUCUGCACAUAUGUUUCGGAACUUAUAGUUCCAAGAGGUUUCAAAACUUAAAAUGCCGAAUGGCUUUGGAACAUAAACUGCCGAAACUAUAUAAUUAAACCAGUGACAGUGGCAUUUGGCAGGCAGAUGGCAGUGGCUUUGGAAAUUUAUCUUACGAACAUAACAUAUUUCGGAAUAUUAUGUUCCGAAGGGUACUCCUGACAUUUUUUUUAAAAAUGCUGGGUGGCAAAUCUAAUACUUGGGGUGGGAAAUCCAAAUCUCUCCAACUGGUCAUCGCUUUUCCUCACCCAUCGGAGCUCAUGGCUGACGCCAUCGACGCCGGCGAAGUGGUACUCGUUGCAGAGGCUUAAGAUCUCGGAGAUGAGUUGCGUGGCCUAGGCGAGGUUGUGCUUUUCCGGUGCGGCGGCGACCAUGAGGUCACUGAGCUUCUUUCAGGCGGAGGAUGCAGACGGAGUGCUGGAGGAUCUCAGCGGUGUGGUGCAGGUUAAAGGCGUGGACGGAGGAGAGGGUGGAAGGCUUGGUGGAGGGAGAGGAGGUCGUGGAUCUCAGCUUCUUUCAGUUGAGGGGGAAAUGAUGAAGAAGAUAACUCGCCGAUCGAAGCAAUCGAGCCCCGUUGUCGUCGACGCCGCAGCAAACGAAAAGCAACUUCAAGAGGAGAGGAUUCCCGAGAACAAAGCGUAUCAGAUGGAGAUUGCAGAUCAAGGAGUGGCGCUGUCGAUCUGGUGCCCGCUUCACCCAUGUUUAGAGAUAAUUACUCCAAGCAUUUGUACCUGAGGGCCUUUCAAUGUAUAUAAGGACCAUGCUUUCAACCCAGGCUCUCCUGAGUGCUAUUGGGGUUGGUGAGAAAUCAGCAACAGUCAUUGGUGCCACUUUUCAGGGAUCAAAUCUUGACAGCAAUGCAAAAAUGUGGCGCUUGGUUGCAGAUCUUAUGAAUGAUCUUGGAAGGAAGCCAGGAAACUGUAGCCACAAUGAUCAUCAUGGCUUUGGGAAUGCUUGUUGCUCGUAUUACCAUUGGACACCCGCUAGCCAUUUAGUUUACUUUUUUAUCUCUGACCUUGUUUCAUAUAUAUGUUAGAGAUCUCAUAAUUUCAAUACGGAAGCCUUGUUUUGUGCUAAGUAAGUUUUUCCCUAGAAAAUAAAGCUAAAUCUUAGCACCAGCAUCAUAUAUGAAAACCUGAUAAACGACGUUCUGUUUUCAUACAGCAAACUACCGAGCUGUUCGAUGCCUGGCAUUGACCUCGUUAAACCCGGAAAGAAGCUCUGUUCUUUUGCACCAUUUCAUGGAGACCGGCCAAGGGAUUGUCUGUUUUUAUUCUUAAUUGCUUUCUUUUUAUCUUGUAUCAACAACACAUCUUUGAUGUUAGACAAUAUGUUCUGCUGUUUUAAUCAAUCUUACCACAUGAAAUUGGCUUCA